GUCCAGUCGAAAUCAGACCACCGAACCCGAACCUUCAAACGGAACCUUACCUAAAUCACCACGACGGAAAAAUCUCCCCUCUUAAUUAACGAACGAACAACCGACGACAUACCAAAUAUAGAGCAUACGUAGGAAAACAAUGUUCCAGCGACAGAUCCUCCGCGCGACGCCGCGCUUGUCGGCCCAGCUGCGCUCCCCCGUCCUCCGAUCGACCCUGCAGCGCCGUUUCGCCUCCACCGAGACCAAGACCACCGAGAAUGCCUUCGUCAAGGAGAGGCAGGCCGUGAAGGACCAUGCUUCCGCUACGACUGAGCUCUGGCGCAAGAUUUCUAUCUACGCCGUCAUCCCGGCCCUAAUCCUCGCCGGCGUCAACGCCUACAACCUAUGGAACGAGCACUGGGAGCACUGGUCGCACAUGCCGCCUCUAGAGGAGCGCGUCGAGUACUCCUACCAGAACAUCCGCUCCCGGAACUUCCCCUGGGGCGACGGAGACAAGACCCUCUUCUGGAACAAGAACGUAAACUACCACAACAAGGACAAGGUCGCCUAAGCCCAUCGCGAUUCUUUCCGGAUGACAGUUUGGCGAGGAUAGGGUGGUAGUUAGUGAGUAUUGGUAUUGGUAGUAGUAUAGGGGCAGAUAGGAAAGUUGGACCUAUAGAAGAAGAAGAAAGCAGGCCGCCCCUGACAAGCAAGACGAGGCCGCUAUCGCAGGCGUCUCGGAUGUUGUAGAUAUGCCGUUCCCUUUGUCGAUCAAAACAUAUCAUAUCAAUGAUCAUAUCCAUAUUUGCAACAUAAACUUACCUAUAUAUAUGCCUACCCCUUAAGCUCUACGUGUGAUCGUACGAACCUCUAGAUAGAUCAUGAUCAUGCACCCGGGCUCUACUCAUUUAGAUCCCCUUCCAUUCACGCAAUAUCA